AUUCAUUCCCUGCGCGUGCGCAGAAGGGCGGUUGCUAGGCAAGGAGCGGCCCUUAGUUACCGCUCCGAGGUCGGCGGCGGGGCGCAGGAAGAUGGUGGCGACUCCGCGGGUCACUAUGGAGACAGAGCUUCGGAACACCAUAGUCUUCAAUGCAUCCAAAAAGGAGAUUUUCACUGUCAACAGCGGUUACAAGUCCUUACAGAAGAGGCUUCGUAGUAAAUGGAAGAUACAGAGUUUAAAAGAUGAGAUCACAUCCGAGAAGCUAGCUGGGGUAAAAUUGUGGAUUACAGCAGGGCCCAGAGAGAAGUUCACUGCAGCUGAGUUUGAGGUUCUGAAGAAAUAUCUAGAAGAGGGUGGGGAUAUCCUGGUGAUGCUGGGAGAAGGUGGUGAAUCCCGAUAUGACACCAAUAUUAACUUCUUGUUAGAAGAGUAUGGAAUCAUGGUCAAUAAUGAUGCUGUGGUGAGAAAUGUAUAUUAUAAGUACUUUCAUCCUAAGGAAGCCUUAGUCUCCAAUGGAGUUUUGAAUAGGGAAAUCAGCAGAGCUGCAGGGAAAGCAGUGCUUGGGAUAAUAGAUGAAGACAACAGUGGAAAUGACUCACAGGCUCUCACUUUUGUGUAUCCAUUUGGUGCCACACUGAAUGUGAUGAAACCAGCAGUGGCUGUUCUGUCCACAGGAUCUGUCUGCUUUCCACUCAACAGACCCAUUCUGGCUUUUUACCAUUAUAAGCUGGAGGAAAUUAUAGACAAAAUGCUGGAGGAUGAAGCUGAAGACAAUGGUAGAAUCUCUGUCAGGGCAGAGAAAAGGAUUAGAAAGAAAAUAUAUAAUCUGUUUGAGAGAAGUGAGAACCAAGGUGGAAAAAUGGCAGUGUUGGGAUCUUGCCACAUGUUCAGUGACCAAUAUUUGGAUAAAGAAGAAAAUGGCAAGAUCAUGGAUGUGAUUUUCCAGUGGCUCACAACCACGGACAUCCAUUUAAAUCAGAUUGAUGCAGAGGACCCUGAGAUUUCAGACUAUACGAUGCUUCCGGAUAUAGCCACGCUGUCUGAGCGACUACGAGUGUGUCUACAAGAGGGAGACGAGAACCCACGAGAUUUCACAACGCUUUUUGAUAUGUCAAUUUAUCAGCUGGAUACAACCUCCCUCCCUAAAGUUAUCAAAUCUUAUGAACAGCUGAAUGUGAAACAUGAACCUCUCCAGCUCAUUCAGCCUCAGUUUGAGACUCCACUACCUGCACUCCAGCCAGCUGUUUUCCCACCUGCUUUCAGAGAAUUACCUCCGCCCAGUCUGGACCUGUUUGACUUAGAUGAAACGUUCUCCUCUGAGAAAGCUCGUCUGGCACAGAUUACAAACAAAUGUACUGAAGAUGACCUGGAGUUUUAUGUCAGAAAAUGUGGUGAUAUCUUAGGGGUAACAAACAAACUCCCAAAGGAGCAGCAAGAUGCCAAGCAUAUCUUGGAGCACAUCUUCUUCCAAGUGGUGGAGUUCAAGAAGUUGAAUCAGGAACAUGAUAUUGACACAAGUGAAGCUGGAUUCCAGAAUGGUUACUGAGCACUGGAUUUUCCUGUCAGAGGGAGAGACCGACUGACCUUCUUAGCAAAAACAUUUAUUGUACCUCCCUCAGUGUAAAUUAUUUUUCUACUUGUUUAUUCAAUAUAUUGGUUGACAUUGCCUCAGCAAUUCUCUUUGAACCUUUGGGUGUUGUAAAUAUGUAUAAAGUCUUAAACUGGUACUUUUUUUUUAAUGCCAAAUUAGGGUUUGCCUUGUAAGUGGCAAUAAUUUUCAAAAGCUUUUUAUGUAACACACAUUCCAUAUUUAAUCUUGUUUCUAUUUUUGUAUUGGAGCUAUAAUUCUGUAAUUUAUGAAAUAUUCUUAUGUUAAGAAAAUAUUUCAUUCCAAACCCUA